CAUCUGGAAGCUUUGAGAGUCUUACCUUAGAAUGAGCAGUGCGUCAUUCUAGUUUGUAUUUUAAACCGUUUAACUUGCUGAAAUAAUGGAUAUUUACACAGAUAUGAGGGAUCGGUGACUACGUUUAAUCAGGCUUUUAAUUUAAGCGGUUUUUAGAGCUGUAGCGUGGCUUAUAUCAAGAAUAUAAUCAUCAAAGUUUGGUUGAAUUAUAGAAAGUGACAAAGUACAACGAAGCCAUUUUGCGAUAGUGACAUUAAUUGCUUGCUUGGAAGAAAUAUUGAGGAUAUAAACGCUAAGCUCUUGAAAUUUCGACGAUUAAAAAAACGAUUGCAUUCAAUAUAUUUUGAAAACGCGUCUUCAACCUGUGGAUUUUGAAUCGCGAACUUAAUAGUAGAAUCGAAAAUGUCAGCUGCUGUAGCGAAGCCGCGUGUAUAUGCUGAUGUGAACAACCACAGACCUAGGGAUUAUUGGGAUUAUGAAACUCAUGUUAUUGAAUGGGGACAACAGGAUAAUUAUGAACUUGUAAGAAAAUUAGGUCGUGGAAAAUACAGUGAAGUAUUUGAGGCUAUUAACAUUACAAAUGAUGAGAAGGUUGUUGUUAAAAUAUUGAAGCCAGUGAAAAAGAAGAAAAUAAAACGGGAAAUCAAAAUAUUAGAGAAUCUUCGUGGUGGACCUAACAUUAUUAAUCUUCUCGAUGUUGUUAAAGAUCCUGUAUCUCGAACACCUGCUCUGAUUUUUGAAUAUGUAAAUAACACAGAUUUCAAGCAACUUUAUCAGACAUUUACUGACUACGACAUUAGAUUUUACCUUUAUGAACUGCUCAAGGCAUUGGACUUCUGUCAUAGCAUGGGUAUAAUGCACAGAGAUGUUAAACCACACAAUGUGAUGAUUGAUCAUGAGAAAAAAAAGUUAAGACUUAUUGACUGGGGAUUGGCAGAAUUUUACCAUUUAAACCAAGAAUACAAUGUUCGUGUUGCAUCAAGAUAUUUCAAAGGACCCGAAUUGUUGGUAGAUCAUCAGGAAUAUGACUAUUCUCUUGAUAUGUGGAGUUUUGGAUGCAUGUUAGCCAGCAUGAUUUUCCGUAAAGAACCUUUCUUUCACGGUCACGAUAAUUAUGAUCAGCUUGUAAGAAUUGCUAAAGUUUUGGGAACAGAAGAAUUAUAUGACUAUAUUGAGAAAUAUCACAUUGAACUGGAUCCUCGUUUUAAUGACAUUCUUGGAAGACAUUCAAGAAAACGGUGGGAGAGAUUUAUUCAUUCUGAAAACGAGCAUUUAGUGAGUCCUGAGGCGAUAGACCUUCUGGAUAAACUUCUUCAUUAUGAUAUGCAGGAAAGAUUAACUGCUCGAGAAGCCAUGGACCAUCCAUAUUUUUAUCCUGUUGUAAAGAACGAGCAGUUAAAUACUUCCCAAUCUUCCAAUACAAACAAUGCAAACAGCCCUUCGGGCACUCUUUCGUCAACAAAUAGUACUAGCAACACCACAGCUAAUGGCUCAAACGCUACCUGAAAAUCUAUUUUAUAGACAAGUGCUUGACUUCAGCUUGUGAUGUGACUCAUUGAUAUCAUUUCUUAGUACAAGCCAUUCGUUUAAGAGUCUUUAUUGUUAAAAACACUGUGGAGUUUAAGUGAAGCAGUUGGCUAUCUCCUUAUCAAAUCAUCUUGAUAGGAACAAAACGAAACUUACGAAUCUACGAUAUAUGUGGCAUUAUAUUAUUACUUAAUGAACAUGUGUUAUAUUCUUUCUUUGAAUGUAUGCAAUGCCGGAGAACAUACGAAUCUUUAUUGUGUCCAUAAAUAAACUCUUGUGUAUAUUUGUUAUUUAGUUAUUGACGUUCUAAACACCUAUUGUAUUGUGUAACAUUUGAAGUAAUUUAUGCGUCAGUAAACUUGUUUCAUUCCUUUGUUUUGUCUCGACAAUUA